UUGUGGAUACCGUACGCCCUUGUUGGGCCUGCCAUCGCAGAAUUGGUUGAGCAUGCAAAAGUAUAAGUUGGGGCUGAUUUCUGUAACAGAGAUGGACAGCUGGGAUCCGUCAGCCUCCGUCUCUUACCAUGGCAAACGAUCUAGAAAAGCAUCCGCAACGGGCUCAGAAACCUGUUGAAGAUCACCUUCGUACUGAUGUCGAUGCCGCUCUCCAAUUGCUACGAGACCGUGGCUCGGAAUCCGGCACUCUAGACCCCGAGCAGAACAGGCGACUACUCCGACGAAUUGAUCUUCAUAUUAUGCCAUUGAUCUGCAUAGUUUAUUUCUUACAGUACCUCGAUAAGAUUGCAAUUUCAUAUGCUAGCGUCACUGGCAUCAAGACUUCAGCAAAUCUACGUGGCACUCAGUUCAACUGGAUUGCGAGCAUUUUCUUCUUCGGUCAACUUUUGUUUGAAUUCCCGACGAUCCGUCUCAUCCAACUUUUUCCUCUUGCCAAGUAUGUCGCUGUUAACGUCAUCAUCUGGGGUACCAUCCUAGCCAGUCUCGCUGCCUGCAAGUCUUUUGCCAGUCUCAUGGUCUGUCGUGCUUUGCUUGGUGUUGCUGAGGCGGCUGUGGUUCCGGCCUGGGUCGUCUUCACAAGCGCUUGGUACCGGAAGGAGGAACAAGCCUUCCGUGUAGGCAUUUGGUUCUCCAUGUGCGGUUUUGCACAAAUGUUCGGUGGCUUCUUCUCCUACGGCGUCGCGAAUCAUGUUGGAGGUGAUGUGCAAGCCGCUCUUCAAGGCUGGCAGAUCAUCUUUCUCUUUCUGGGCCUCCUUACAUCGGUGGUUGGCAUCGUUUUCUGGUUUUUUCUGCCCGACUCUCCUCUCUCGGCCAAGUUCUUGUCGACCGAAGAGAAAGCUUUGCACGCGGAACGUAUGCGCCAGAACGAGCAGGGUAUCGGAAACCGGAUCUUCAAGUGGAAUCAGUUUUGGGAGGCUAUCAGAGAUGUCAACACCUGGUUGUAUGCCUUCUGGGUCUUUGCUGCCAACAUUCCAAACUCUACCGCUACCAGUUUUGGUAAUAUUCUAGUCACUGGCAUGGGUUAUACCAAAAAGGAGAGUUUACUGCUUGUGACUCCACUCGGUGCGUAUGAGGUUGUCGUACUGAUUGGACUUACCUACCUUGCUGGCAAGACGAACCAAAGACUUUGGUGCUGUAUUGCUGGCCACAUCCCGUCAAUCGUCGGUGCCAUCCUGAUGGCCACUACAAACAAGGUCCCUGCGCUCAUAGGCUUCUACCUCACAGGUGGCAUACCCAUCGGAUGGACAACCAUUCUCGCUCUUCAAAGUACCAACGUUGCCGGUUCGACCAAGAAGAUCACCGUCACCAGCAUUGGCGUUAUUGCCUAUACUGUGGGCAACAUCAUCUCGCCACAGACUUUCCAGACCAAAGAUGCACCAAGAUAUCUACCUGCCAAGAUCAGUAUUUGCAUUCUCUACUUCCUAAUUACGGUCGAUCUGUAUCUGAUCCGAUGGUUCGCUGUAAGAGAGAACCGAAGAAGAGACAAGGAGAGAGAAGAGCUUGGCGACAAAUAUGUGGUUGAAGAGAACCACGAAUUUUUGGAUUUGACAGACCGCGAAAACAAGGAGUUCAGAUAUGCUGUUUGAUAUAUCGUCCAUGUACUCCUGAACAUUUU